AUCCCCGGGAGCGCCGCAGUCCUCUUCCCGCCACUCCUAUCUUCUCCCCCAGGAAAAAUAAAUAAAACCUCGCUGAGUGGUAGUAUUUACGGAAAUGCCAUGGCCGGCCUUCCUGGCGGUGGCCGCGAAGCUCAUCGUCCUUGCGGCGGCCGCCGCGACGGCGGCAAACGCGGCCUCCUACGCGCGGUUCCGGAGGCGCCACCUCCGCCGCAUCCGCAGCCCCAUCGACGAGUCGGCCGACCCCGUCGCCGAUUUCCGCUCCCUGCCCUCCUCCGCCACCGCAGCAGAGGAUGAUGAUUUUUUCUUCGGGUUAGCGACGGCGCCUGCGCAUGUUGAAGACAGACUGGACGAUGCUUGGCUUCAGUUUGCAACCGAACAAUCCGUUGAUGACAAGGAGUCCAUGCGCAACCAGAAACAAGUCGAUGCAGUGAUGGCCUCUGCUGGCGGUGAUGGAGGCUCUCAGCCAUCUUCUAGGCUACGAGGGGAUGAAAAGGGUACCGAUGGAGAGAAAAGGAAGCCUCUUAGGGUAGCCAUGGAGGCUAUGCUCAGAGGAUUUGAAAAGUUUUCUGAGGGUGAAGAAUCUAGUGGUGGAGACAACUGCAGCCACAAUGUUGCUGCUUGGCACAAUGUUCCAUGCCCGCAAGAGAGGCUUAAAUUUUGGUCCGAUCCUGAUACUGAGUUGAAACUUGCUAAGGAAACCGGCAUUAGUGUUUUCCGCAUGGGCGUAGACUGGACAAGAAUAAUGCCUAAGGAACCAACUGAAGAUUUCAAGAGCUCGGUUAAUUUUGCAGCACUUGAGCGGUAUAGAUGGAUCAUUCAAAGAGUUCAUGAGCAUGGGAUGAAAGUAAUGCUUACCCUAUUUCAUCACUCACUUCCACCUUGGGCUGGGGAAUAUGGUGGAUGGAGGAUGGAAAAAACUGCUAAUUAUUUCAUGGAUUUUGUAAGGCUUGUUGUUGACCGUGUGUCAGAUUUAGUGGACUACUGGGUGAUUUUCAAUGAGCCACAUGUGUUUGUGAUGCUAACUUAUUGUGCUGGAGCUUGGCCUGGUGGGGAUCCUAAUGCAAUUGAAGUAGCAACAUCUGCUUUACCAACUGGUGUAUAUAAUCAAGCUUUGCAUUGGAUGGCUGUUGCGCAUGCUGAAGCUUAUGACUACGUUCAUUCAGAAAGCAAGAAUGCAAUGAUGCCAAUAGUUGGUGUUUCACAUCAUGUAUCGUUUACACGGCCAUAUGGUCUAUUUGAUGUUGCGGCUGUCACAAUAGCUAACUCAAUGACUCUAUUCCCCUUCAUCGAUAGCAUCUGUGAUAAGUUGGACUUUAUUGGCAUCAAUUACUAUGGUCAGGAGGUAAUAUCAGGACCUGGUCUAAAGCACGUGGAAAAUGAUGAGUACAGUGAAUCUGGUCGUGGAGUUUAUCCCGAUGGGCUGUUUCGCAUCCUACUUAAGUUCAAUGAGCGAUACAAGAGCUUAAACAUACCUUUUAUCAUUACUGAAAAUGGAGUUUCUGAUGAGACUGAUCUGAUUCGGAAACCAUAUAUACUGGAGCACCUGUUAGCCAUAUACGCGGCCAUUUUAAUGGGUGUGCGUGUGCUUGGCUAUCUAUUCUGGACAACGUCGGAUAAUUGGGAGUGGGCUGAUGGCUAUGGUCCCAAGUUUGGGCUUGUUUCUGUUGACCGUGCUAAUAACCUAGCACGGAAACCUCGCCCUUCGUACUAUUUGUUCACCAAGGUUGUCACAACUGGAAAAAUUACGAGACAGGACAGAACAUCUGCUUGGAGGGAACUGCAAGAAGCUGCGAUUCAGAAGAAAACACGCCCAUUUUACAGGGAAGUAGAUAAACAUGGGCGUAUGUAUGCAGGGGGUCUAGAUCGGCCUAUUGAGCGAGCUUUUGUAUUGCGGGACUGGCGAUUUGGCCACUAUGAAAUGGAAGGCUUGCAGGAUCCUUUGAGUCGCUUUGUAAGAUGCGUUAUGCGACCAUUUCCAUGCAAGAAGAUUCACUACAUUGAGGACGAUGCAAUUUCUUACUCUAUUUCUUCUUGAGACCUGCUAUUGUAGUUGCUAUUCAAGUUCUGUUUCUCUGGUUACAAUAAAAAAACAUCAAACUUUUGGGUAAUAUUUCCUCUGGAGGAAGCACAUAAGAAGUUCUGGCAAGUGGAAGCUUCACAUUUUGCAUUUUAAAUGUACAUGGUUAUAUACUGUUCACUGUAGUAGUAGAAGUACCUUGUAAUUUCCUUCUGCUUUAGUUUGUUCUUAUCCCCAGAACGUCUAAACAAGUUAAAUUGUUGAUUUGACUGAAGAUGCAGCUGAUUUUUUGCCAA